UCUUGAUUAAGCCUUAAUUUGAUGUAUUUUCCUAGCAGGAUAUCACCAGAUACGCGUAGUAGUCGACAGAAAGUGCCACUUGUUAACCUCAGUUUUAUAAUUCGGCCAUCUUUCUCUAUUUCGACUUGAACAAACCUACAUUUACAUCUGUUUACCUUUUAGAUAUCUUGAGCUUCUCGACCCCUUUUCAUCUUUUUCUUCUUACUACCCUGUGAUACUGUUUGUUUUUAACAUACCUACCCCCUGACGGCGCACGCGCCUACGGGCAACUUCGUUCAGUCUCUAUAUCGUCGUCUAUCGCGUUGCCAUGAUUGUCCCUCUAUCAGCGCUGGCUCUCGCAGCCACGGCGUUGUCAUCUACUGGACUUGUACAAGCCCUCUCCGCCUCAGAUAUACCUUCCGACACACCUAUCAACGCACUCCUCUCUUCUGCGCAAUCACACUUGACUAAAGGCGAAACAAGCGAGGCAUUAGUUUAUUACGAUGCCGCCAUCGCACGAGAUCCCAACGACGCCUUAACGUUCUUUAAGCGCGCAACCACCUACCUCUCACUCGGUCGCACGUCACAAGCUACUUCAGAUUUCAACCAGGUCCUCAAACUAAGGCCCGACUUCGAAGGCGCACAUCUUCAACUUGGCAAACUGAAGGCUAAGAGUGCUGAUUGGAACGGGGCUAAAGAACACUACGUCUUAGCCAAGCAAAAGCCAGGCUCUUCCGAAUACAACAAACUCAUCGAGGCAGAGGGCGCUACCAAGCUAGCAGAAGAGGCUGCGAACAAGGGAAACUGGGACGAAUGUAUAAGUCAGGCGGGAGAGGCUAUACUUGUCGCAAACCGAGCACCUAACCUACGCGAACUGCGCGUAAAAUGUCGAUUUGAGAAAGGAGAAGUAGAGGAGGGAAUGAGCGACUUACAACAUAUCCUACAGAUGAAAGCUGGCGAUACCACUCCGCAUCUGCAGAUCUCGGCCACCACAUUUUAUGCUUUGGGAGAUAUGGACCAAGGCAUGAGCCAGAUCAAGAAGUGUAUGCACUCCGAUCCCGAGUCUAAAGCUUGUAAAAAGUUGUUGAAACAAGAGAAGAAUGUCGAGAAGACUUUGGCAAAGGUCAAUAAGGCUCUGGAGAGAAAUCAGCCCAUGUCUGGCGUCAAAUUGUUGGUACCGUCUAGCGACGAACAGGGCCUGAUCAACGAGGUGGAAGAGCAAAUCAAGGAGCUUAAGAAAAAUGGCAUCAUUCCAGAGCGCGCACCAAAUGUACUACUAGCCAGAUUGGCCGAGACCGCUUGCCAAGCUUAUUACGAGGCAAAUGGCAAAAAGGCUAGCAUGUAUUGUCCCAAGGCGAUAGAGCUGGAUGAGAAUUCGUUUUACGGAUUGAUGUAUAAAGCCAAGACGCAACUGGAAGCCGAGGAUUUCGAGGCUUCCAUCGCAACGCUGAAGAAGGCGGCGGAAACCAGGCCAGACAAAAACAAUGUGGUUAACCCUAUGAUGCAGAAGGCUCAGGUGGCCCUCAAGCGCAGUAAAACGAAGGAUUAUUAUAAGGUCUUGGGCGUCGCUCAUGAUGCCGACGAACGACAAAUUAAGUCAGCUUACCGAAAGUUAACCAAGCAACAUCACCCCGACAAGGCGGCGAAACAGGGCCUGAGCAAGGAGGAAGCGGAGAAGAAGAUGCAGAGCAUCAACGAAGCGUACGAGGUAUUAAGCGAUCCCGAACUACGGGCAAGGUUCGACAGAGGCGACGACCCCAACUCCAACGAGCAGCAAAAUCCGUUCCAACAGGGAAAUCCGUUUGGCGGCGGCGGCGGACCGUUCAUGUUCCAGCAAGGCGGCGGUCAGCAGUUCCAGUUCAAGUUCGGAUCCGGAGGCGGCGGCUUCCCGGGAGGGUUCCCCUUCGGUUAAGAUAUUUCCACAACAGCGAAAGAAGAGUAUACUUUGCAUGGCAGCAGAUGGGUUGUUUCUGGAGUUUGCGGAGUUUGUAAAGGGCGCAUAUACCUAAUGCGUUGUAAAUAUCCAUAUCCGUUUAAUGCAGACGAUGCUGUACUUUGAGGGUUUUUGGCCGUUUAUCAAGUGAUUUGUUCUCUUGGUUUUCUAUGUAAUGGUUUAGGCCUGAGGUGUAAUCUUUGAAUUGGCCAAGUGCUCCCUGUACGUCAGCAAUCCACCUGGGUACUUCAAGAUAACUUCGUUACAUAAAAGGCUAUUUCAACGUCAACGUUCCGUUGGAAUUCUUCUGGGUAUGUGACAAUCUUAAUCGUGUUGAACCUAGUAGACUUAGCAUCGUGCCAGCUUGUCCCUUGUACGAGUUUAUUGUUACGUCCAAU